AAUAAUUUGCCGUGUCCCUGUUCCUAUUUUUUUGAAAUCACCGUGUCCAUGUCUGUGCUUCAUAGUGUAUUGACAUUGCAAUUCUUUUAUUUCCAUGAAUUAUGCACAUCAGUUAACUUACCUCAAUCUGUAGUAUCAUUUUAAAUCUUCUGUAUCUAACAAUGUUGAUGCAUGCAAUACUGGGUUGAAUUUUUUGAGAAAACUAAUGAAGUGCACUUUGUUUGACACUAGGUUCUGGACUUGUGUCAUAGAAUUGCGUGACGUUAACCAUUAUUUGAUGUUGAUUUCCUAGUUAUUCACUUCUUACUUUGAUAUCAUUUCUUACUUUGUUUCUCCAUCAAAAGGUUAUUAAUCAUCAACCAUACGAUCAGAAAGCAGACAUAUUCAGUUUUGCUAUUGUUCUGUGGGAGCUUGUCACCGCUAAGGUUCCAUAUGAUACGAUGACUCCUUUACAAGCUGCCCUGGGAGUGAGACAGGGCAUGAGACCGGAUCUUCCAGACAAUACGCACCCCAAGAUCUUGCACUUGAUGAAGAGAUGUUGGGAAGCCAUUCCGGACAAUCGCCCUUCCUUCUCUGAGAUACGGAUCGAACUUGAAGAACUCCUGCAGGAAGUUCUGGUAACUUCAGAAGCUCCAAAUGGCAGACGAAAUUGUUCAGUUCAUAACAUUGCGGAAGUUCUGAAUGGCAGCUGAAAAUAUUCCAAGCGUAUAAUAUACCAAACGGCACACUAUUAUAGUACGGGUGAGAGGCUUUUUUGUUUCUUUGUUUGUUCUUGAUAUAGUUAUAGAGUUCAAUUAAACACUACACCUGAGGGAAAGAGAAAUUUUACAAAUGUGCUCCAUAGAAUGGUAGUGAAGAAAGAGUAAUGUCAAAUUGUAUCACUGCAAUGUUGUUUGAAUUGUUUUGUGGACUCAAAGCUAACUCAUGCUUGGUUUUGUUAGAAUUGCUUUGAGUAAUGGAAUUGAAUUUUCUUCCGUGGAGAGAGAGAAAAAAUUUUCAAAA